GGUGACUGUUGGAUCUGCAUGGAACUGAUGGACAUCUCCUUGAAUAUUCUUUAUGAGCGUGUGUAUAACCUUCAUCAUGCGCGAUUCGAAGAGAACGUGAUCGGACAUAUUGCAGUAUCUGUAAUAGACGCACUAGAUUACUUGAAGCGCAACCUCGAAAUUAUACAUAGAGAUGUGAAGCCAUCUAAUAUUCUCGUAAAUAGAUGUGGCAUGGUGAAGCUGUGCGAUUUCGGUAUUAGUGGUCAACUAAUCGAUUCUUUGGCUAAAACUCACGAUGCUGGAUGCCAGCCUUAUCUUGCGGUCAGUGCAGCUAGUUACCAGUUUUGUGGAUCGUCUUUUCUUUAUUUUCUUGCUUUUUUGCUUUUUCUUGAUAUUAGCACUUGUUGUACCAUAAUCUUUUUUAGCCAGAGCGUUUGUCGCAUUAUGGCAAGAAGUAUGACAUUCGCUCCGACAUAUGGUCCCUUGGACUAA